GGAAGAAGAGCUGGCUCAGGGAUGCCCACGAGACAGAGACUGAGUGAGGAAGGAAGGACACUGCCUGAGCAGAGGAGCCUGUUCUCAGGAGAAGGGCCUCUCCCCACCCAACCAAGCAUAAGGCACUGGGGAGAUCCCCACCUGCAGCCCAGCCUCCCAGGGAGAGAGCAGGCCUCCUCGUCCCCUUCAUCAUGAACUGGCACAUGAUAAUCUCUGGGCUCAUCGUAGUAGUGCUUAAAAUUGUUGGAAUGACCUUUUUUCUGCUUUAUUUCCCACAGAUUUUUGGUGAACAUAAUGUCAGCUUCAGUCCCACAGAGAGACCUGGAACAGUCCCACAGAUUUUCGGGAGCAGCAAUGUCAGUUUCACUCCCACAGAGAGCUUUGGAACAGUCUGCCCCACUGGGUGGGAUUUUCAUCAAGGAAGAUGUUUUUUCUUGUCCACAUCUGAAAACUCUUGGAACAACAGCAUGAACUUUUGCAAACAAAAAGGAUCCACUUUGGCUAUUGUCAACACUCCAGAGAAACUGAAGUUUCUGCAGAACAUAAGUGGUGCUGAGAAGUAUUUUAUUGGCCUACUAUAUCAGCCUGCAGAGAAAAUGUGGCGCUGGAUCAACAACUCCGUAUUUAAUGGCAGUGUUAUCAGUCACAGUCACAAUUUCAACUGUGUGACCAUAGGCCUAACAAAGACAUUUGAUGCUGCAUCAUGUGACGUCAACUACCGCUCGAUCUGCGAGAAGAGUGCCCAAUGACAGCAGCUCUCUGUGGCCUCUGACAAGAGCAACAAAUACACUCAUGGAGACAGUAAAAGAGAAUACUGGCAAUUGGGACCGGUCCAGGAAAUACAAAAUAUCAAAUUA